CGUCCUCGAGAUCACCAUUGAAAGCCCGAUCCGAAUCAAGUCUAAAAUCACCAACUUCUGACACGUCCUGAUUUUUGACUUAUAUCCCGAUUCAGCUGUUCCACUCCCAUACUCGUUCCUCACAGUUGGUGAAACUCUCUCAUCCACAUAGAUGUUCUUCAUAUAAGUAAUGGGGGCAACACAAAGCCCCUUCUCGACUCUCACUGUUUACCCUGUGCUGUAUGUAAUACUUGCUGUCAUGGCUAUCGUAUUUCGAACUAGAUCGGAAGAGAUUGCGCUCGGGAUGACUUUGUUGGGCCUUUUCUUAUCUUCUGUACUAUAUGGUCUUGCCCUUUCACAACUUUACACCUAUUACAAGCGUUUUCCACGCGACCCACUCAGCGUGAAGGUGCUUGUUGUGGCAACUGCCAUCCUGGAUACGGUUUCGGUUUUACUUGAAUGCCAUGCAUGCUGGUACUAUCUGGUGACAACAGGUCCCAUGACUUUAGCCGUAUGGAGUCUCAAUGCUGAACUCGCAGUUUCGAUGUUCAUAUCUGGUAUCGCGGAAGCUUUCAUGACCUAUCGAGUUUGGAUGCUGAGCGGCCGGCAAAACGUACUAACAUGCGCGCUGCUUUGCUUUGCUCUGUUGCAUUUCACUAGUGGUGAAGUUUCUGCUGCCGAAUUUCUAGAGCUCAGUCGAUUCGCAAAGUUUGGAAGCGUAAAGGUUCCAAGUGUUCUUCGUCUGGGUAGUGCAUCGCUGUGCGAUACAGGGAUUGCUGUUUCAUUGUGCUAUUUUCUCCAGAAGAAGCGCACUGGAUACAAGAGAACAGAUGAAAUCAUUGACCACUUAAUGCUGUUCUCUAUCAAUUCUGGCCUCAUCACAAGCGUCGCAUCCAUCGCGUGUUUGAUUACGUAUCUAGCAAUACCCAAAACCUGGGUCUAUCUCACUCUUUGUUUUCUGAUAAGUCGGUUGUAUAGCAACACUUUCCUUUGCGCCCUUAACUCGCGGCAGAUACUGCAAAACGAAAGUAAUGACAUGGACACUCCGGUGUUACCCCGUUUUAGCAGAGGUUUAAGCAGAGGAACUCCCGAGAAAAAUAACACUCACUCACGACCUACACAGAUUGACGUUUUUGUAGUAACAGAAACAAUCACCACAAGCGAUGAUAUACGUCAUAAUAUCUCCCAGACAUCAAGGAACAGCAGCUUGAACAGUGGGGUCAAAGAGCGGCUUGAUUCAAGCCAGGGAAUUAGUCCCACUCUUUGUUCUGAGGUCGAGUCUGGAAGCUUUUCCAGUCUUUCAAGCUUCAGUGGUGUGAGUGUGCAUGAAGAAAUGAAAGAAGUUCCUCGAGCGGUCAUUCGAGGAUGAAUCAUUGAAUCAAGAAGUUUUUGUAUCCACUAUGUAUAUUCGAAUUAUUUAUGAAUUCAAUAGUAUCCACUGCUCAGAAAGCUGUCUCUCGCUCCGCUAUCAUGCUACAGAGGAGGACCGGAACCAUCUAGCUCAUAACCG